UGGGCAGAGUCCGAACCUCAAGGAAAAUCAGGAUAAAAGAGAUUCAUCCCAAGCUUCAGCAGCUGAGCAUGGAGGACAAUCUAGCAGGAGAACCAACUCCCCAGGAUGGUCCAGCCCUCAAGACCACGGACGGUGGAUUAUUCGGCUACGUGGGGAUUGAGGCCGUCCUGGACCAGAUGCGUAUCAAGACCAUGAAAACCGGAUUUGAGUUCAACAUCAUGGUUGUAGGACAGAGUGGUCUUGGCAAGUCCACCAUGGUCAACACCCUCUUUAAAUCCAAGAUCAGCCGGAAAUCAGCUUGUUCCGGGUACGAGGAGCGUAUUCCCAAAACUGUGCAGCUGCUCUCUGUCACCCAUAUUGUUGAAGAAAAAGGAGUGAAGAUGAAGCUGACGGUCACAGACACCCCAGGAUUUGGAGACCAGAUUAACAAUCAAAACUGCUGGGAGCCAAUCAUUCAAUAUAUCAAUGACCAGUAUGAGCGUUAUUUGAAAGAGGAAAUCCUGAUUAACCGCAAGCAGAAAAUCCCAGACACCCGUGUACAUGCCUGUGUAUAUUUUGUCCCUCCCACAGGUCACUGGCUCCGCCCCUUGGACCUGGAGUUCAUGAGACGUCUCAGUAAGAUCACCAACGUGGUGCCGGUCAUCGCCAAAGCGGACACCUUGACCCUUGAGGAAAGGGCAGAGUUUAAACAGAGGGUCCAGAAAGACCUGAAGGCCCACGGCAUCCAUGUUUACCCCCAAGUAGACUUUGACGAUGAUCCAGACGAUCGGCUUUUGAAUGACAAAAUCAGGGAGAAAAUCCCCUUUGCGGUCGUAGGAGCGGACAAGGAACAUCAGGUGAAUGGGAAGAAGGUCCUGGGUCGCAAGACCAAGUGGGGGAUCAUUGAAGUGGAAAACUCAGCUCACUGUGAGUUUCCUUUGCUGCGGGAUCUCUUAAUCCGGUCUCACCUCCAGGAUCUCAAGGACAUCACCCACAGUGUACAUUAUGAACAAUACCGCAUCCAGCGCCUCAAUGAAAGCAACCGGAUGGCCAAAGGUGGCGAGUGGCUGGCACUGAGCUCCCUCACCUAUGAGCCACAGGGACAGCAUCGUCUCCCCUGCACUGCCUCAGCCCCACCACCCCUCCAGUAGCUUCUGCAGAUUGUUUUCCCCUUCCUUUUUCUUUUUUGGGGGGUGGGGUGGGGUGGGGGAAUUAGCUGGAGCAAUGUUCCUAGAAAACAUCACACUCCCUCUGUAGCCCUCGUGUGUUUUCUCAGCAUUUAUGCCCUACUGCUGGACACCUUUCUUUCCAUCGGUCUUCCAUCCAGUUUCACACCUUGGAGAAGAGCAAUGCUGGAACGGCUGGCCAUUUAGCCCACCUUUUUCACAUUCUGUGCCAUGAUCUGCACCACGUGGCUGUCUUUUUUUGCAACCUCGGCUUCUCAGCUAAGCUCCCUGCGUCUUCCAGGAAAACCUCCAUGCUGCCUUUGAAAGCAGGUUCUUCUUUUCAGAUGUUUGGAUGCGAGCCCCCUGUCCCUAGCAGACCUACUUCCUUCUUUAUACCACACCUAAUUCUCUCCUUGGUUUCAUCCUAAAGCUAGAGGCUCCAUGGCAUUUCCCUGUCACUCUUAUGGGAUGGGGUGGGUGAGAGACCCUGAAGAUUUUGCUUUGGUUCAAAGAUGGAGCUCACAAACUCUGUUAGCCCAAGGGGUGAUUCUUUCUUGUAGAUUGUCCCAAACUUGGAGGUUGGUAGCAGUAAGAAGGUAUGAAAGCAAAUACGGUCUUCAGGUGAAGAGCCAACCUUCCUAUGUGACUUGGACUGACUGAUAAGACCCAAAUGACUCAUCUGGAAAGUGAGUGGACAGCAGGAGGAAUGGCAUAUUACAAGCAAUCUUCUCACAAGAGACCUGCGUCACCUUCUCCAAAGUUACGAGCUUCUGACUGUGGAAUGCUCCUUCUGGAUAUUUCUCAUCCUGAGAUCUACAGGUCUGGAACAAUGCAGAAGAUUAGUUCCAGCCUGGUCCCAUGUUGGUGCAGAAGAAGAGACCUGGGAAAACUUUUUCCAUUUUCCAGAAUUUGCUUAGCUGCUCAAGGUUUUUUUUUGUUCCCUCCAUGACAUUGACACUCCUGAGCGAAAGGCUCUUGGUCAACUUGUGAGUCUUUCCAGUUAUUCAUUAAAUCCCAGUUUAGAAGGUUUGGAGUUUUUCUUUUUUUCCUUUGUUGGGGGCAAUUUAAUUUCAAUGUAGAAUGGAGCUCCAAAGAUCAGGUAGACUAGCCCCCUCCAUCAGCUACUGGAGAUCAGGUAG